AUGCUCGCUCCAGUGACCGCGCUUGUCGGACUGACCUGUUCAGGCCUCGCUAGUGGCUUGACGCUCGCCUACCCGCUCCUCAUCAACACGCACUUUAUCGACCAGCAGGGUGCCAUGAUUUCGCCGCCCGCGCCAUGGGUGGCCAACCUGAGCAUCGCUCAGCGACUCACGCUGUGGGAACGCGCCUUCAAGGCUGGAUUCGUCGUACCUGCGCUCUCGCUCGUCACCGCCAUCGCUCUCACCACCUUUGCUCUGCAGUCCGGUCGCGGUGGCAAGGCUUCGUCCUCGCUCCCGCAACGCCUCUCUGUCCGAUGGGAGACCCGCAAAAAGCUGCUGCUCGGAUCGGCAGCGCUGACCGGCAGCCUUCUCGUCUUCACCCUGGUCUUCAUCCGCCCCACCAACAACAAGCUCAUGGCACUCCGCGUCGCCGCAAACAACAAGGAGGCCAUCAACGCAAGCCAGGCAGAGGCGCUGCUCGCACAUUGGACGCGCCUGCACAACGUCCGCGUCGUCGCCGCCUUCUCUGGGUUCGCCCUGGCUCUCUACUCCCUUUCCAUGUUGCGCGUCAUCGCCGUCAUCGCCGAGGUGGACAUAGGUCUGUGGAACGAUGCGAUUUUGAAGAUAUGUUCGGGAGCCGCGCCUGCCUCCUUCAGCGCCGUUACGAUGUUCCGCCAAGCCUGGUCGAUCUGCUCGUCUUGCGUCGAUGGAUACCUGAGCGGCAGCUCUUGCGACCAGCUGCCUGAAGAUGGCAAUAGUCGCGCCGAGAGACCACAAUCGGCCUCGUGA